CUGGGAUAUUCAUGACAUUUCCUAUGUGUUUAGUUUCUUUGUGCUGUAUUCGUCAGACUUACCAUUCCGUUUGAUUUUACUGAUUUACACUGACGAGCAGAACAGUUGUCGUAAAGGUAAACUCUCUGAGAUUCAGAGGCUUUUGCUCCCCCUGUAGGUUUGUAAAUAUAGAGAACUAGGCUUUCCGGAUUUAUCCACUACAAUCUCUGUUAAAUUAUAUUUAAGACAUGAAGUAACACCAAAUAAAUGAAUUGAAUCCAAUCAGUACUGAGGUGAUUUAGAUAGGCUAGGCUACAUUAAAUCUGAGGAGAUAAAUCUUCUUUAGCUUUAUUAGCAUGGUAAAAUGUGAAUCUCACAAAAAUGCCUGUAUCAUAUUUUGACACCUAAAACCAAAAGAAAUUUAUUUUUUCGUCAUUUAGGGGUCACUCCUCUCACUCAAAAGUGGCCAAACACCUCAAUGUAACUUUUUUUUUCUUCAGUAAAAUCAAUGUAAUAUAUUUCUGGUCAGUGUUUUUUAUCUCAUAUUUUGUAUUUUGAGGGAAUUUUAUGGUGCUAAGUAAUAUUUAUAAUACAAUAAUUAUGAUCAAUUUCUUUCCACAAUUUUUACAAUUAAUUAAUCUAUUUUUCAUUGUGGCUAAUUUGUAGAUUGUACCUCCAAAAAAGUCUCUGCAUUUUCAUAUUUCUAUGGCAGUCAUUUUUGACCGCAAGGAACACAAGUCUGAUUUUUUUAGCCAUUUAACCUUUUCGAAUCAUGUCUACAAUUUUUUUGUGUGUAUGUUAACUUGGCGAGUGUUACAAAAGUCACCAAGUGUUCAUACUAUUCCGAUGAAGUAUAAAAUAAAUAAAAAUUUUUAUUUUUUUUGGUCAAAAAGUGACCAAAGAGCACCAGAGGGUUAAAAUAACUGUUCUGUAUUUGAAUAUAUUUUAAAAUAUAAUUUAUUCCUGUGAUGACAAAGCUGAAUUUACUGAAUUAGCUGAAUGUAGUCUUCAGUGCCACAUGAUCCUUCAGAAAUCAUUCUAAUAUGCUUAUUUGCUGCUCAAGAAACAUUUCUUAUUAUUAUCAAUGUUGAUAAUGAAGUAAGUAAUGUAAAUGUUUUCGUUAACUACAGUAACCCUGGUGUGUGUUUAUGUCAGAAGGUUGAGUAACACUUUGAUCCUUCCUUACAUAAUCCCACUGCUUGGCAGAUGCUCUUCUCAGACUUAGACUCCCAUUAAUCCUUUCUUUAAGUGCGCAGAGAUGUUUGUUUGUACAUGCGCAAAUGUCCACAUUUCUUCCCUUAUGUUCACCUUGUACUCUUGAGUGGAAUGGCGAAAAAGACGAUGCGGGGACCACGAGCACUGCCAUCUAUGCCAAGUCAAGACACAGCAGAGGAGAUGCCUGCUCCAAAGAGUAGGAAAAAGAAGGCCAAGAGAGAUGUGGAGAGUGUGGACGAACCUGACGAUGGUGGAAUGGAAAUGGGAGGACUUACCAGUCGCAGACAAUCCGAAUGUCAGGAACCUUUGACCCUGGAGCCUCUGGACAAUCCGCCGCAAAGGAGGAAAAAAAAGAAGAAAGCACAAGCCAUUGAUGUGGAAGGAGAUCAGACAGACUUGGUGUCAAAUGGAGACAUGGUGGAUCAGAACACUGAUGAAGAGGUGACACGCAGACCAAAAAAGAGGAAAGUAAAACCUAAAGUAACAGAAACACAGUCUAACAAUGAACUGGACGUAGAGGAUGAUGAUAUCAUCACAGACCCCCAGGCGCCAGUUCCCCAGCAUUCCUUGUUUUCCGCUCCCCAAGGGCAGAGCCAGCCUGUGGGGAAGGUGUUUGUGGAGAGAAGCCGUCGUUUUCAAGCAGCUGAGCGAGUGGACCAGUGGAAGGCCAGUGGCCCGAUGGAGCAGAGCUUUAUGGACAUCCGUUCAAUGUGGACCACUAGAGAUGUCUCCAUAAGAGUACACAGUGGCUUCAGAGUAAUUGGCCUGUUCUCUCAUGGCUUCCUGGCUGGUUAUGCUGUGUGGAAUAUCAUUGUGGUCUAUGUGUUGGCUGGGGAACAGUUGAGCACUCUUUCCAACCUCCUGCAGCAGUACCAUACCCUGGCCUACCCCGCACAGUCCCUCCUCUACCUGCUGCUGGCUCUCAGCACCGUCUCUGCCUUCGACAGGUUGAAUCUGGCCAAAGCCGCUGCUGCCAUGCGUAGUUUGCUAACCCUGAGUCCUGUGGCGCUUGCCUCCCUCUUGUACUUUUGUGCGCUCGUUUUAUUGUUAAGCCAGCAGAUGACGAGUGAUCGCAUCAAUCUCUAUAAUCAGUACUCCAGCGAUAAUGUGACACUUUGGCAGCCGGGCUCAGAGCACAGCUUCCUUUAUCCCUGGAUCAUAGUGAAUCUGGUCGUCACUUUGCUGGUUGGGCUGGCCUGGGUUCUGAUGUCAACAAGUCCAGAUAUCGACCGCACAGAAGAGUUUUUAAUGUCGAUGGAAAUGGAACGUCCAAAAGCAGAAGAGAAGGACAUCACUGCAUAAGGCACCUGAAGUAGUUUUUUUUUUUCUACUAUAUUUUGAUACAUGGUCAUUGUAUAUAUUAGAAAUGCUUGCCCAUUUUAAGGUCUCAGCAAUAAAAAGUUUUAGAUAAUCCA